AUGGACCUGUUUACUGGAGUCAAAUACGACACGUGCAGUAUAUUAUGCCAGACGAAUAACAAGGUUGCGAAGAAGGUAACUUCAGGUAUCUCACCUUUUUCUGGAUACAAAAAGGGUCACCAAAGCCGAAUUCCCGAAGAAAAUGUUGCUGAGCGGACAACAGACUGCGGACUGUCAGAGCACCCGAGCUACUUGGAUUUUUACCGAGCUCGUGAAGAUAUCCAAUAUAGCGAUCAGCGUAUUGAUGAGAUCGCUCUGACGCAUCCGGCAUGGUUUCGCAUUGACUUUCCUCCGCUUUUACUCGAUGCCUUUCAACACCGCGCUGUUUCACGUAUGUUUAGUGGAGAGCAGAAAAUAGAGGGAAAUGAAAGAAACUUGAAGGAUAUGGAGAUGAAAAACCAACGACCCAGCACUUUGCUGUCGUGA